GCCCCGGCCCGCCGCGCGCUCCGCCCCCCGGGCUAUAUAAGGCUGCCCCGCGGGGGUCGUGCCACCGCUGGGCUCCGUGUCCCUCCGCGCAGGCGGGCGGUCCCGGAGAGCUAGUGCCUGCCUAGGCGGCGACGGCGGCGCCCCCCUCAUCAUGAAUAGAAGCUUCUCCCGAAAGAGCCACGCGUUCCUGCCCAAGAUCUUCUUCCGCAAAAUGUCAUCCUCAGGGGCCAAGGACAAGCCUGAGCUGCAGUUUCCUUUCCUGCAGGAUGAGGAGACGGUGGCCACACUGCAAGAGUGCAAGACGCUCUUCAUCCUGCGAGGCCUGCCGGGGAGCGGCAAGUCCACGCUGGCGCGGGUCAUUGUGGACAGGUACCGCGACGGCACCAAGAUGGUGUCUGCCGACGCGUACAAGAUUAACCCCGGCAUUCGAGGAGACUUCUCUGAGGAGUACAAGCGGCUGGACGAGGACCUGGCGGCCUACUGCCGCCGGGACAUCCGCGUCCUGGUGCUGGACGACACCAACCACGAGCGGGAGCGGCUGGAGCAGCUCUUUGACAUGGCCGACCAGUACCAGUACCAGGUGGUGCUGGUGGAGCCCAAGACGGCGUGGCGGCUGGACUGUGCCCAGCUCAAGGAGAAGAAUCAGUGGCAGCUGUCGGCCGAUGAGCUGAAGAAGCUGAAGCCGGGGCUGGAGAAGGACUUCCUGCCGCUCUACUUCGGCUGGUUCCUGACCAAGAAGAGUUCCGAGAGCCUCCGCAAAGCCGGCCAGGCCUUCCUGGAGGAGCUGGGGAACCACAAGGCCUUCAAGAAGGAGCUGCGACACUUUGUCUCUGGGGAUGAGCCCAGGGAGAAGAUUGAACUGGUCACCUACUUUGGGAAGAGACCCCCAGGCGUGCUGCACUGCACAACCAAGUUCUGUGACUACGGGAAGGCUGCUGGGGCAGAAGAGUAUGCCCAGCAGGAUGUGGUGAAGAAAUCCUACGGCAAGGCCUUCACACUGACCGUCACUGCCCUCUUCGUGACGCCCAAGACUGCCGGAGCCCGGGUGGAGCUGAGCGAGCAGGAGCUGCCGCUGUGGCCAAAUGACGUGGACAAGCUGUCCCCCUCUGACAGCCUGCCCCGGGGCAGCCGUGCUCACAUCACCCUCGGCUGCGCGGGGGACGUAGAGGCCGUGCAGACGGGCAUUGACCUCCUGGAGAUUGUGCGGCAGGAGAAGGGGGGCAGCCGAGGCGAGGAGGUGGGUGAGCUACACCGGGGCAAACUCUACUCCUUGGGCAGCGGGCGUUGGCUGCUGAGCCUGGCCAAGAAGAUGGAGGUCAGGGCCAUCUUCACGGGGUACUACGGGAAGGGCAAACCUGUGCCCACGCACGGCAGCCGCAAGGGGGGUGCCUUCCAGUCCUGCACCGUCAUCUGAGUGUCCUUGCUGCGGUCAGCCCCUUGCUCCUUACAGGGAGAGCGGGGAGAGGGAAGCAUGCCUUCUGCUUCAUCUUUAAGAUUUUUUUUUUUUUUUUUUUUUUUUACUCAAAGUUAACCUUCUUGUAACUUUUUAAAAACUUGUAACUUUUCUUGCCCACCCUCGUCCCGCUAAUGCCCAAGCUUUCAACACAAGGUGGGGUAGGAGGCACCAUUCAGGAACCCAGAGCAAAGCUGCCCAGGCUGAGCCAAGCUGGGCCUGGAACUGCAGCCACAACCCCGAGCCCAGCUGCCUGUUACUGGUUCCCCUGCCCCUGCCCAGAGCUGGCCAGUGGGGUGGAGGGGGUCACCUCAGAGCUGCAGGUACCCAGAGGGCGGUCACUGCAGCUGUGGGAAACCGGCGAUGGAUUCAGGGUGGGGGGGAAUCCCUGGGCUUAGACCCUGGAUCUUAAUCAUUGCAGCCCCAGGAAGUCUGGGGCUUUUUACCAGAAUAGAAAAAGGGGUGUACGUCCCACCUUUGGCUCUAAGUGCCUGUCCUCUCCUCCUCCACACUGUAACUAGGGAACAGUUGGAUAAGUAGGGGAGAAAAGAGAACAGUCAGCAACAGCCACUCCCGGAUGGCCACAGGGCUUCCCCCUUCCUGGGAUGGGGACGGGCUGGCCAUCCUUUCCAGCCGUGUGGCUCUGCUGUGGGGAUGGGGAGAUCAAAGCCAGAGAAAGUACCUCGGUGGGGAAGCUCCAAUCUUGCCGUCUGCCCAGCCCAACUUGCCUCCUUAAUGCCUCUGCAGGCCCGUGUGCCUCCUCCAAAGGGCGUCAGUUGGUGGGGACCAUGAGCCAGUGGGGUGGACGCCUGGCUGUUAAGGGCCAAGCCCUGCCUGGUGCCUCCGGGAAGGGGUUUGGAACAUCGGUGCCUGUGCUGCGGUUCCUGGGGUGCCCUCUGCUGCCCCUUGCUCAGUAAUAGGGCCUUGCUCAUUGAGUUGUUACUGGACGAAAGUGCUCGAGUUACUAUCCUGGCUUUGCCCAACCUCAGUGACUUGUAAGACUGACAGUGAAAUAAACCGUGUUAAUCCUG